AUGACAUGGCCUUUUACGGGUUACAUUGUUAAUAGAAAUAUGAGUACACCACGAGAGGAUCGUGUGAGUGACGUUGAUGAAGAAGAUGAAGAAGAUAGCGAAUGCCCAGAUUCGAGUGUAUGUUUGCGGCUGUGUAAAGAUUUUGUUACAGCAACUGAAACAGACAGGGCUUUAGCAAUGAUGUUUCUUCAGCAAAAUAAAUGGCAAAUCGAUGCAGCUGUGAAUGCUUAUUUUGAUUCAACGCGUGGUACGUCACCUAACGAAAAUCAUGAGAAAUUAAAACGCAUUGGAACUUACCUGAAAAUGGGUUCACAAACCGACGAUAGAAAUGCAUCAUCAAAAAUCGACAAGAAACGUUCGAAUACAAUUAAAGAAGAAAACACCGACUGUUCUGAACGAAAAACAUUGAAAAUUGAUAGUCAAGCAGUGUCAGAUAAUUUGACAGCAACAACAACGAAAGAAUCGCGUUUCAAAAUUUUGUCAUGGAAUAUCGAUGGUCUAGACAAUGUAAUAUUAGAAGCGCGAACUCGUGGUGUGUGUGACGUUAUUAAACGAGAACAACCUGAUGUUAUUUUUUUUCAAGAAGUUGUUCCACUCACAAUGGCAAUAUUAGAAAGUUCGUUGACAAAUUAUUCAUCAAAAGCAGGUGGUACUGACAUGUACUUUGUGGCAAUAUUUACAAAGAAAGAUACAGUUAAAGUACAACGAGAAGAAAUCAUUCCUUAUCCAACCACACAAAUGGGACGAAAUUUACUUGUACUUCACGCUUUGUACAAUAAUACAAUUGAACUUGCUUUAAUGACGACUCAUCACGAGAGUUGUGCAGAAAGUUCGGAUGAACGAAAAAGACAAUUGCAAAUGUGUUUUGAACAAAUAAUCACAACUGAUAAAAGUGUUGCUGUAUUGUUUGGUGGUGAUUUAAAUAUGCGUAAUAAAGAACUUGAAAGUAUUGGCAAUAUUCCAGCAGGUGUAUAUGAUCUUUGGGAGAUGACUGGUAAACGAAAAGAAUGUUUAUAUACUUGGGAUAGCUUAAAAAAUACAAAUUUAACAUUUUCUGGUAAAUGGAAGCCUCGUUGUCGUUUCGAUCGUUUAUAUUAUCGUCCAUCAAAUAAAACAUCGACAACUUUUAUACCAGUUUAUUUUGAAUUAGAAGGCAUGGAACGUGUAAAACCAGGUGAUCGUUUUCCUUCCGAUCAUUGGGCAAUUCAAUGUUAUUUUAAUACUUAA